UUCAGACAAUCGAACAGUAGAUCUCAUUAUCUCAUUAAUCAAAACAGUUAAACCUUUCCGAGAAAGUAUAUAUUUAUAAGUGUUUAAAUUUAAAUAAAAUAUUACAAUGCCUAAGAAGACCACCACUUCAUCCAAAUCGACAUCUUUAUUCGAUAUUAGAUUGAAAAAUUUGGAUCAUGAUGUAUUGGUUUUAAAGGGUAAUGAACAUGAUGCAGCAUCUGUAUUAUUAUCAGGUAAAAUAGCUUUAUCAGUAAAUGAACCAUUCACUAUUAAAAAAUUAUCAAUUAAACUUUAUGCCACUUUAAAAUUAAGUUGGAAUGAAUCAAUUCAAACUUCAAAGGGAACAUUUUCAAAACCAGUAAGAUAUGCUAAAAAGAUUUAUGAACAUAAUUGGGAUAAUGCAGAAAUUAAUCAAUAUCUUAAUAAUUUAUAUGAAAAUAAUGCUACAAAUAAUAGUGGUAAUGGUCCUAAUGUAUCUAUUGGAUUAUCAAGAAAUCAAUCUACUUCUUCCUUAAAAAAUUUAAGUUCAUCUUUAAGAUCUAAAUCUUCAACAAAUUUAAGUAAUUUACAUUUAUCUUCAUUAACUAAUAGUUUUCAUAAUGGUUCAUCAUCAAAUUUAACAUCUUUAAAUGGAUCUUCAUCAAAUUUAUCAAAUUUAUCUAAAUCAUCACAUGUUUUAGUACUGGGUAAUUAUGAAAUACCUUUUAGUGCUAUUUUACCAGGAACAAUGCCUGAAUCUUUAGAAGGUUUACCAGGUGCUUCAUUAGUUUAUAGAUUAGAAGCAACUAUAGAUAAAGGUAAAUUUCAUAAUUCAAUGGUUACUAAGAAGCAUAUUAGAGUUAUAAGAACUUUAACUACUGAUUCAGUUGAACUUUCAGAAACAGUAGCAGUAGAUAAUACUUGGCCAAAGAAAGUUGAAUAUUCUUUAAAUGUACCUCAAAAGGCAAUUGCUAUAGGAUCAGGAACUCCUAUUAGUUUUAUGUUAGUACCUUUAUUAAAGGGUUUAAGAUUAGGAGAUAUUAAAAUUCAAUUAGUAGAAUAUUAUUCAUUUAUGGGUUAUUUACCUCCAGCUUAUAAUGGUGAAAGAAUAGUUACUGAAAGAAAAAUUAAGAGACCAGCUGAAAAUGAUCCUAAUUUUCAAAUGGAUAAAUGGGAAGUUGAUACUUUCUUAAGAGUUCCUCCAAGUUUAGCAAAAUGUACUCAAGAUUGUGAUAUUCUGCAAAAUGUUAAGGUUAGACAUAAAUUAAAAUUUGUAAUUGGAUUAAUUAAUCCGGAUGGUCAUGUUUCUGAAUUAAGAGCAUCAUUACCAAUUCAAUUAUUUAUAUCACCAUUUGUAUCAAUUAGAGCUAAGAAUGAAGAAAAUUUAAGUGAUGUUGAAUCAAUUCCUGGUGAUGAAAAGGAAGAAGAUCAUCAUGGUAGAGAUGAAGAAUUAUUAUUUACAUCUGAUUAUCAUAGUGCUAGUAAUACCAGUUUAAGUGAAAUGGCUGAACAACAAGCCAAUAAUGGAGAAAUUAGAUCAAAUGAACAUUCUUAUACUUCAUUCAAUGGUAUUAUGGCUCCACCACUUUAUGAACAACAUAUUUAUGAUAGAUUAUGGUCUGAUAUUUCACCAAUUGAAUCACCAAUUAAUUCUGGUACUUCAACUCCAAGAUUAUAUUCUAGAGGUACAUCUGAUUUACAACAACAAUUUUCAAUGUCUCCAUUAGAUAGUAAUUUAUUAACUGAAAAUUUAAGACAAUUAAGUAUUCAAAGAUUAAUGCAAGAUUCUUCAUCUAUUGAUGUACAAACUCCAGAGAUUGAUGAAAGUCCUAGAGGUGCUAUAUUUAAUUUAGAUGGUGAUGGUGAUAAUUCUAGUCAAAAUGGUGAUUAUUUUACUUCAAAACGUAUACCAGCUCGAGCAGCUUCUCCUAAUAUGAUUGCAUUACCUCCUCAUAUUUUAGCAGCUGGAGGACUUCAAUCACCUCCUAAUCAUAUAUCUAGAAUUGGAUCAGAUACAAGUGUAGCAUUUCCUGAAACCAUGUCAAGAGUACCUUCAUAUGCUCAAGCUAUGAAAUCAGAUGCUACAAGUCAAGAAGAUGGAAUUUUAUCACCAGCAUAUCAACCUCCAUUACCUGGAUCAGGAAUUAAUUUAGCAGAAGUGAAUAGGAGAUUUGAAGAACAUCAUGGUAGUGUAACUAGUCCACAAAUAUCUCAUAUUAAAAAUAAACCAUCAUUAUUAUCUCGAGGUUCAAGUUCGUUAAAUUUAAGAACAUCUUCAAAGAAUUCAUCAACCAGUACAUCACCGUCUCAGUCACGGAAUGUUUCAUCUUCCAAUUUAGUUUCAUUAUCACGUUCAUCAUCAAGAAGAAGUACUACUGGAGUCAAUUUAUUAAAUAAUUCUGCUGGUCAACCCUUAACUAGUUCUUCAAGUAUAAUAUCUGGUUCUAGUAAUAAUAUUAAUACUUAUACAAACAAUACCAAUAACAAUAACAAUAACAACAUCCUUUCAACUGGAUCAGCCACAUUCUCCAUGACUCCUUUAUCUACAUCUCCAGUUCACUACAAGACUCUUGAAACUCCAAAUCAUAUAGUUCACCCAUCGUCUACAACUUCCAUCUUAAGUUCAAAAUUAUCUAAUAGUGCAACUGAUAGAGCUAUACCAACAACUCCUAGUAGAUCAAGUUCAAGUGUCAGCUUACAUAAUCUUCACUUUUUGAACAAAAAGAAGGAAAAGACUAAGACUUAAUGAAUGAAUUAAUGAAUGAAUUAAUUAAUUGUAUAGUGUUAUAUAGAUACUGCAUACAGCAACACCCACCCACCCACUAAAUAUAUAUCAUACGUAAUCGGUAAAAAUAGCAAAGGUUAUAGAUAAUUAAC